AUGGCGACGCGUUAUAAACCCUACGCCUCCUCGCCUAGGAUCUUUUCCUCCUCCCUUGGGUCGCUGUUCCUCUUGUCUAGUCGUACUCCAGACAUCAUGGCUACCACCAUGAACAAGAAGAAGAAGUUUGUGGCGGACGGCGUGUUCUACGCGGAGCUGAACGAGCUGCUCACGCGCGAGCUGGCGGAGGAGGGGUACUCGGGCGUGGAGGUGCGCAACACGCCCAUGCGCGUCGAGAUCAUCAUCCGCGCCACGCGCACGCAGAACGUCCUCGGCGAGAAGGGGCGGCGCAUUCGCGAGUUGACGUCGGUGGUGCAGAAGCGGUUCAAGUUCAAGGAGGGCACGGUGGAGCUCUACGCCGAGAAGGUUGCCAACAAGGGCCUCUGCGCCGUCGCGCAGGCGGAGUCGCUGCGCUACAAGCUGCUCGGCGGGCUCGCCGUGCGCCGCGCGUGCUACGGUGUGCUGCGCUUCAUCAUGGAGAGCAACGCCAAGGGCUGCGAGGUGAUUGUGAGCGGGAAGCUGCGCGCGCAGAGGGCCAAGGCGAUGAAGUUCAAGGACGGGUACAUGAUCUCGUCCGGUGGGCCCGUGCGCGAGUACAUCGACUCCGCCGUGCGCCACGUCAUGCUGCGCCAGGGAGUGCUGGGCAUCAAGGUGAAGAUCAUGCUUCCUCACGACGCCAGUGGCAAGGCCGGUGUUGUCCGCCCUCUGCCUGACCAGGUUACCAUUCACACGCCCAAGGACGAGGACGAUGCUCUUUUCAAGCCCGUUAUUGGCAAGGAGGCUGAGGCUCUUGUUGUUCCAGCUCUUGCAUAA